CAAGCACCCCGCCAACGAUCGCAACUUGGUUUCGCGUAGGUCUCGAGCACUGACAUCACCUGGGACGCGCACUCGUCUGGGAAACUCCUUGAUAACACCACGCCCUGCCAGCAAACUUGCUCUCGGACGAUAUGCCCAACUGCACUCAGCUUCGGGCGAAGCACAUAGUCCUAUGCAAGACUUCACCCAAGGUACACAAGGCCGCAGGGAGAACACGGAGUCUCGGGUGUCGCGCCAUACUGAGCAGACACUGCACACCUUGGGCGAACAAGUCAGCGACCUCGACCACGCACGCCUGGACGAUCGUGCGGCCAAUGCAGGAGUCCUUUCGAGCCCAACGCCGGUACAACAAGCCACGCCAUACCUGCGAACACCAGCAAAGAGACCAAAAGCGUCCCUACACCACCUGCAAGGCUCAGGAUCACCAGUGAUGAGUGCUUCGCCAGGCUCGUUGCUUAGAACGCCGGCUCGAAGGUUCAGAAUAGCGGCAAUAGACGACCAUGCGAAGCCGGCCGAGGACAUUGUUCUGCCCACAGACGUAGAAUUCACACAUAUUUGGACUAUAAGACGAUCUGCACAACGUCGUCGAGCAGGUGAACUAUAAUGCGUUGAGUAUUUACGCAGACCUCGCAUUCGCAUCGUCGCGGGACAAUGGAUUUCUGCAGCUUUGGCGCGGGAGUGUGUAUUGCCUAGAAGAGGAGCGAGGUAUACAAUCUUGUAUGCUAGAUGUACGGUGCAUUGUUGAUAGCUCAAACGAAGAUUAUAGCAUGGC